GAUGUGCCCCCACCACCACCACCAACCCCACUGCAAGCAUCUCAUUCAGCGACGGCCUGUCGUGAUUUUACACUGGCUGAAUUUGCUCCAUCUGAUGUGAAAGUCGGAGACUUUGUCCACUGCACAUUUAUGUUUGAGCUUAGCAGACUGAUUUGGAGCCGUUCGUCGUUAGAAUGCGUCCGGGAGCGCGUCCUCCUCCUCCUCUCGACGCCGUGCGGUCUUCUCUGUGUCUGUGUCUCUUAGUUUUUCUCCCUCGCGUUGAGGCUGCUGUGCCUGGAGGCGCUGUGUACAACGGUGAAAAUAAGCAUGCUUCCCUGAGGAGCAUCCUUGGGCACGUACAGAGUUAUGAGAUUACUUACCCGACGUGGCUGCAUCCUCACAGACACAGGAGGUCUGCAAACCAAGAGCAUCCUGCAGAGGCACUGGUUCAGAUCUCAGCUGAGGGCCAGGAGCUCAAACUACACCUGGAGAAAAACAAAAUGCUGUUGGCCCCUGGAUAUCAGGAAAUAUGGUAUACUCCUGAUGGAGCCCGAAAGUCGUCCUCUCCUGCCAGCAAUACACAUUGUUUCUACCAUGGGGAGGUUCUUGGUAUGGAGGGUUCAAGUGUUGCUGUGAGCACAUGCUCAGGACUCAGGGGACUAAUUUCUCUGAACACAAGCGUCAGCUACCUGAUUGAGCCUCUUCCUGAUUCCACGGAUGCGCAGCAUGCUGUGUUCAGAGCCCAGAGUCUCCAGGUACCUGGAGGUCACUGCCUGCAUCACCAUGGCAACAAGGAUGAGGAGAGGCUCAACGAAUUCAUCAAAGAAAUGAUGUCACCACGGAGCGGGAGGGAAAAAAGGGACCUGAGCCAGAAUAUGAAGUAUGUAGAGUUGCUGAUAGUGGCAGACAAGGCUGAGUUUGAGAAGCAUGGGAGUAGUCUCGAGAAGACGAAAUUUAAAUUACAGGAAGCAGCCAACUUGGUUGACAAGUACUACAAGGCCCUGAAAAUCCGUGUGGCGUUAAUUGGUUUGGAGGUGUGGACCAGCAGGGACCUGAUCAGCGUUUCAGACAACCCUCACAGCACUCUGGCAGCUUUCCUGUCCUGGAGACGCAAACAGCUCCACACGCUCCCCCACGACAACGCUCAGCUCAUCACGGGGAGGGGGUUCCAGGGCACCACCAUUGGGCUGGCACCUCUCAAAGCCAUGUGCUCCGACUACCAGUCCGGUGGAGUGAAUACGGACCACUCCGAGUCAGCUGUGGGUGUAGCUGCCACCAUGGCACAUGAGAUGGGCCACAACUUCGGUAUGAGCCACGACAGUACAGGCUGCUGCCAGGCGAGGGCUGAAGACGGGGGCUGUAUUAUGGCUGCUGCCACUGGGCAUCCAUUUCCACGUGUGUUUAAUGAUUGUAAUCUGAAAGAGUUAAAGAGCUAUCUGAACUCUGGAGGCGGGAAGUGUCUCUUCAACUUGCCAAACACCAGAGCCAUGUAUGGAGGUCAGCGUUGCGGCAAUGGCUACCUGGAGGAUGGAGAAGAAUGUGACUGUGGAGAUGAAGAGGAGUGCACCAGUCCCUGCUGUAAUGCCAACAACUGCACUCUGAAAGCUGGAGCUGAGUGUGCCCAUGGCGUCUGCUGCCAUAACUGCAAGUUGAAGGGCCCAGGUGUGCUGUGUCGUGCUCCCUCUGGGCCAUGUGACCUGCCAGAGUACUGUGACGGGAAGGCGGAGUCUUGUCCUGCUAAUUUCUAUUUAGUGGAUGGUACAUCGUGUGCAGGCGGACAGGCCUACUGUUACACGGGCAUGUGUCUGACCCUGGAGCAGCAGUGUCAGUCGCUAUGGGGGCGUGAUGGCCGCCGUGCCCCUGACCUGUGUUUCAUUAAGGUAAAUGAAGCUGGAGACAUGUAUGGGAACUGUGGCAGAGAUGUGCUUGGGAAGUACAGGAGCUGUAAGGAAAGGGAUGCUCAAUGUGGGAAAAUCCAGUGUUUAACUUCAGCCGCAAAGCCCAUUGAGAACAAUGCUGUUCGCAUAGAAACCAUUGUCAGUGUGGGCAGCAAGAAGAUCCAGUGUAUGGGAACACAUGUGUACAAAGCUGGCCAGGUGGACCAAGAGGCACAGGGCGACACUCUGGACCCAGGCCUGGUCAUGACAGGCACCAAGUGUGGAGCUGACUCGAUUUGCUUUAAUGGAGAAUGCCGCAAUGCAUCUUUCCUCAGAGCUGAUGAGUGCAAUGCCAAGUGCCAUGGACACGGGCUGUGCAACAACAAUCAUAACUGCCACUGCGAUGCUGGCUGGGCUCCUCCUCUGUGUGACCAGAAGGGCUCGGGGGGUAGUGUAGACAGUGGACCUGUCGUCAGCCACAGUAGUCUUCUUCCAGUCCUGCUGGUCCUCCCGCUGGUUCUCUUCCUGAUUUUAGCUGCUGUUGGCCUGUGGUGCUGCUACAGACACAAACUCCACCCGCUGAAAACCUGUGCUACUCCACCAACGGCAACCUGCUCAGUCCCAGUUGAGGGCAAGCCUCUAUAUGCCGAUGUUCACGAGAAUGGUCACGCCAACCCAACAUUCUUGAUAAAAAAACACGGCUCAGACCACCUGGGUAAAUCCUCUCCUCGUCCGAGUCCGUCACGGGCCAGACCUGCUAUUGUGCGUCCAGCAGGGAAGCCUCCUCCCGUACCUGCACAUGCCACACAGCAGAAAGAGCGAACGUCUCAGGCCCAGAUCCAGCUUGUAGCUUCACCUCAGAGACCAUACUCUCCUCAGGCUUACACUCCAUCUCCCUUCAAAUCUGAGCAGAGGCGAAACCAGGCUCCACCACCAUCACCUUUACCCCACACAGAGCAUUCAGCAGUACCCAAACCUCGACCAGACCCCCCAAACAGACCUCCACCACCUUGUCCUGUCAACAAAAAAUUAAUGGAACAACAAGAAAUGAAAGGCCCGCGGGUUACAGCUAACGCCCUUCAAAGAGGAAAAACCUCUUUGGCUCCAUCUGCUGGACAGAAAAAGCCAAACAGAACCUAAGAGCUCAGGGAGACGUUGUGUACCAAACACCUACAUCCAGUAAUGGACUGCCUCCAUCUGUCCAACUGUGGAAUAUGAUGAAUUCUCAUAUCUCUACUCAGUGGAUUGCAGAUUACAGUGUAUUUACACUGACGUGUAUCGAGGGAAAGGGGUAGAAUUACAGUCGUAGUACAUAUCAGAAUUAAUAUACAUUAAGUCUUAAGUCUUUAAGAUUUAGGCUUAAUCUUUUUUUGUAAAUUUGUCUGCUUUAACAAUUUGAAACAGCCAGAGCUGUGAAUUUAAGAACUUUUUGUUAUUGUUGUUGUUGUUGUUGUUGUUGUUGUUAUUGCCCCAAAAGUUCAAGGAAAUGUGAAAUUGUUCAGUGUGUGCAGCAGUGCUGAAACACAGUUCCAGAAGUAUUUAUUCUCAGAGAAAAGCGAAUGUUUACAGUGUAGCCUAUGUAUUAAACAUGGUGUCUCUUAAAGAGCAUCAACGCUAAAGGGAUGUCUUAUAUUAAGAAAAGAUGUUGAAGUGCUCACUCUUCUUAUGUGUGCAUAAGAAUGGGAUUUUAACGAGUGAAGGCCCUUCAUGCAUGCUGUAAGUAUAUGCUUAUGAUGAGAUAUACUGUACAUGUCUGAUAUGUAGCAGGAACUAAUAGGGAUUUUUCACUUUUGCUUCAAUGAUUUUAUAUUGCUGUGGUGUUGCACUUUGAACAAUCUUUUUUAUUAUCAAAUAUUCACCCUCUGAGGGCAGUAAAGGUGGUUCUUUAAUUUAAUUACAUCCUUCCACAAAGAACCAACCAAAAGUCACCUUUCAAACCUACGGGAGUUGAAUGUUUGAUGGUACGGUGAACAUUCGAACCCACACUAUGUGUUACUUCUUGGUUCUAUCACUGACACUCAGUGAUGAACUUGUCUUUGUCCAGGGCAAUAUUCAAAGCCAUUUCAAAUUUGGAACAAAAAUGAAUCAUAUAUAACAGGUAAGCAUCUGAAAAUUAUACCAUAUACGUGUUGCUAAAACUCUUGAGCGGGACUUACCUCAUGACCAAAAUGCUAUAAUGCUACUCUUUUAUCUGAGAAGACAAUGUUAUGUGACUUCAGGCUGUGUAACAGGAGUUACUUUGGCAUUAAUGAAAGGUGCUGUUAAAAUCCCUGGUCCAUUUAACUGCUUCAGGGAUGUCCUGUUUUUGUCUGUGAUAUGAGUGUCAGCUGCCAUGUUUUACCUUCUCAUCAGACCUAUGCAAACCCUGACACUGUGCAACGCCGUGUCUUCAACUGGAAUGAAAUGGAAAAAUGAGAAUAAAAUGUUUUACAUUUUAACUGGA